CAAGCCAAGGAUGAAUGUUAAUCCCUGUGAUCGCAAGUUCAUACAUAUUGUUUUACAAUGUUUAAAGAAAUUACUAAACAAACCGAUCGUUAAGAAAGAAGUUAUAACCCCAGACAUUUUGAAAGCAGUUGUUGAGAAGUAUGGAUCUUCAACGAGUCUAUUAGAUAUUCGAUUAUGUGCUAUGAUUUUGAUUUCCUACGCAGGCAUUCUACGAUUUGAUGAAAUGAUACAUAUUCGUAAAUGUGAUUUAGACUUGUAUUUGUCUCAUGUGAAUACUUUCAUCAUGAAAAGUAAAACCGAUAUUUACAGGCAAGGAGCAUGGGUUCUUAUAGGUGCUACAAAUUCCCCACCUGCCCCGUAUUAGCUUUGAGGAAAUAUUUGAUUGCAGCGGGGCUUAACGAUGCCUCUGAUGAAGUAUUUCUUUUUAGGCCUCUAAAUUACUGUAAAUCCAGUAAUAGUUACAAGUUAAGACGUGGACAGUUGUCUUAUACUAGAUGUUUAGAAUUAUUGAGAGAGGCGUUGGCGAAAGUAGGGUUGAAUCCAAAGAGUUUUGGCAUGCAUAGCCUCCGAAGUGGCGGAGCCACAGCAGCAGCGAACUUUGGUGUUCCAGACAGGUUGUUUAAGAAACAUGGUAGGUGGAGGUCGGAGACUGCUAAGGAUGGAUAUAUUAAAGACAAUAUGAAGGAUUGUCUUUCAAUUUCUAUGAAUUUGGGGCUUUAGAAUUAUUUUUAUACCGGGUAAAUUAGCCUCAGCCUAGUAUGAUUAUACGUAUAACUUUGUUAAAGAUGGAUUGUAGGCGUUCGAUGAGAUUGUUGAAUGAGACAUGUAUUAUUAUCAUUAUACAUUUAAAGUUGGUUAAAUUGAAAUGAUUGCGUCGUGUAACUCAUUUUCUUGUUUACCCGUUCUUUGAUUGACUGAGAGGGGGAGCUAUAAGUUUAGCUUGUCUUGCCGUCGAAGCUUGGUGCUCCCCUCGAAACAGGUAUGUUUUUUGUAAAGUAUAUAAAUGUUUUAUAUUUCAGGUGUUGAUGUUGUUGCACUGGUUGUGCUUAAGGAUAGUGAGGCGUGACUGAAAAUAAUUUAUUCACGAUUGAGAGUCGAAUUAGGGAAUAAAUACAUUUUCUUUUCUUAGCAGAAGUAUCCGAUUAGCAUAACAAUGCUUGCGUGAGGAGUGUCUGAAUUCCUAAACGAUUCGGAAUUCACUGACCGAGUUCGACACAGCACAGUACGGACGUCUUAUUCGGGAUGGAUAUGUGGACGAUUGACUGGAUGCAAGAAGAUAGAGCAAAGAGAAUUCUGAUGGAUGAAUAGGCCUUACAGCAUGUACAGUACAUUGAUGAGUUCUUCGAGAUCUGAACUCAGAGGGAGGCCUCAGUACAUUCGUCAGUAAGUACCGUUCGUGCUGUCUUGCCGUCGAAGCUUGGUGCUCCCCUCGAAACAGGUCAAGAUUCGUGCUGUAGCAUCGAUUGUCGUUGCUAUCAUUAUCGCAAUUGGAGUGAUCAUCUCAGCGGUCAUCCUUUCUCGUGGCGAUUAUGGGGGUAUGGCGAAUCAACGCAUAACAGUUGGAGGGAUGGAGAAAGCAAUGGAAAGCAGUACGGUGAUGAACAUAGUAAUGAUGGAAAGUGGCAGGGAGGUUGGCAAACAGAUGAUGCGAUACAACUACGACUCUAAUACGAUUCUUGUAGAAACGGCUAAUAUCAGUGGCUCCAGUCGGGCUAACGUCGCCAUUGACUAUGACAGGGCCAUAGUAAUGAUUGAAAUACAAGGUGAAUGUUUGGCUUCAUCACUGCAUAAAGAUAUGAUGAACAUGGCAGAUAGAAUCAUUGGCUUUAUGAAAACAGAUCAAGAGGUGAUCGACAUAACUUCAGCACGCAUCGUAAAUCUAAACUAUGAACGAAUAGGUGUCAUCCCAGCCGGUUACGUCACUAUUUCAAAUGGUCCAAUCAUACGAGGGUUAUGUGCAGGAGAUGAAUCUUAUUGGACCGAACAAACUGGAAUGGCUGACCAAGGCGGGAGGAAAAGACGAUCGGUCUCGGGUUCAGUACGAAUAUGCGUAUUCGGAUUUUGCUUCAAUGUUUCCUUUUAGGCGUUCCAGAGAGAAGGCCCAGUGUGGAACUAAAUAAUAAUAAUAAUAUUAAUAAUAAUAAUAAUAAUAUUCCGCAUUUAUAUAGCACUUAACACGUCGGAAAGACGUCUAUUAUUACCCCGGUCAUUGGAUCCUUCCAUGCCUGCAUACAAUGUACACACCGUCUCCACUCCUUUUAUUGUUGUAUAUUACCAUACUAACUAUGUUACCAUACUUACUAUGUUACCAUACUAACUAUGUUACCAUACUUACUAUGUUACCAUACUAACUAUGUUACCAUACUUACUAUGUUACCAUACUUACUAUGUUACCAUACUAACUAUGUUACCAUACUUACUAUGUUACCAUACUUACUAUGUUACCAUACUAACUAUGUUACCAUACUUACCAUGUUACCAUACUUACUAUGUUACCAUACUAACUAUAUUACCAUACUAAUUAUGUUACCAUACUUACUAUGUUACCAUACUAACUAUGUUACCAUACUUACUAUGUUACCAUACUAACUAUGUUACCAUACUUACUAUGUUACCAUACUUACUAUAUUACCAUACUAAUUAUGUUACCAUACUUACUAUAUUACCAUACUUACUAUAUUACCAUACUAAUUAUGUUACCAUACUUACUAUAUUCCAUACUAACUAUGUUACCAUACUUACUAUGUUAUCAUACUAAUCAUGUCAUCUUCUUCUUUCGAUAUGCUUUGGGGCCGGUCCACACACCACACUGCAAAAAAGAACAACAAAAAACACAACGGUGUUAAGUUUACAACACAUGGUGUUCACAGAGUACUACACCAAACAUUAACGUACCAGUGUUAGAUUCAUGUCCACAGUUACCACGUUAUAAUGAUUGACAUUUAUAAAGUUAUAAUUAAAAACUAAACUGAUAACUCACUUUUUGUUAUUUCUCUUGCUCUUCAUUCUCCACUUCUUCUUGUUUAGUCAAUAUCCAAUGGUGUUAUAUUAACAUAUUUCGUUUGUUACUUUAACCCCGGACUUUAACACUAUUUGGUGUUAUGUGUAAACUAGUGUAUAUUUAAAACCCGAGGGUCUUCUCCUCUCAGAACGCUACAGAUGUUCUUCUUAACACCAAAUUGUGUAGUAUCCAUAUUAUUAUAGCAUCGGCCUUCAUCAUUGUAAAAGGGAAGGUUCACCCUGAUGUUCGCGUUUGUAUAAGAAGCAGAAAAAAUUAGUGAAGGUUAUGAAGUUAUGAUUGUUAUGUUAGCUCUUCUAUAUUUCAUGCGAUGUAUAAUUCCAAACAAUGUCUUGAAAAGAAUGAAAGUAAUAUUUAUUUGUGGGGUGGAUCAUUUCAUAUCCCAUUCUGUAAGGAAAUCAUUGUUGUCCUAUAUAUUCCAUUCAAUCUAUACUACAUGAUAUGAAGGAAGCUGCUCGCAUAUGAGUAAAACAAAGCAAAAUAUUCAUAACUCACUUAUUAUUUGUUUUUUUCAUCAAACCUUCCCCUAAUUUUUUGCUUUAUAUUAAAAACAAACUUAUCAGGGUAAACUUCCCCUUUAAAGCCUAUAUUUAGUUAUUGUAAACAAUAGUGCAUGUUACUAGCUAUUCCACUGUACAAUUGGUGUGUUUGCUGUGUGUGACCGAUAUAAACUUUUGUUGUUGUUGGAUUAAAGGCUUAUUUUAAAUUCGUCUAAUGCCAAUUCCUCCAAUUGCAAACUGGUCUACUAUCAUUACCGUCAGUUCAUCCACUAUCCACGUGGUCUAAUUACCAAUUCGUCCACUCACCAUUUCGGCUAAUAACCAGUUGGUCCAAUAGCCUUUGUGGGCGCGUAAUUCUGACACUCGCCUUUCAAACAGAGGGUCGUGGGUUCGAAUCGUAGCCAUGGCGUGUUUUCCUUCAGCAAGAAAUUGAUUCACAUUGUGCUGCACUCAACCCAGGUGAGAUGAAUGGUUACCCGGCAGGAUUAAUUCCUUGCAUGCCCUGAGCGCCAGUGAUGAUAGCUCGAGCUAAAGCCGGGUUAAUAAAAGCAAGCGCUUUGUAUCCUCAGGUAUAAAUAUAUAUCCAGCUGUUAUUAUUAUUUGGCCUAAUUGGACUAAGUGCUAAUUGUGCAAAAUGAAUGUAAAUGAAAUAGAUAUAAGACCAAAUGGUUAUAAGACGAAAUGUUCACAGAGGAAAUGGUGAUUAGGCGAAGUGAUAAUUGGACCACAUGGUGAUUGGACAAAAUUGUUGUUAGACGAAAUGUUGAUAGACGGAAUGGCAUUAGACUAAAUGAAAGCAGAACAUAUGAUGAGUUGACAGUAGACAAAUUGGCAAUUUACCGAUUUUUUUUUUCAUCAGAUGCCCAAUAAAAGAAACCCUGCAUUAUAUUGUUGUUUAUAUAACGCCACUUCCAACAUGGAAAUGGGUUCGAUAUUUAAUGAUAUAAUCUUUGUCUGUGACUCAUUAUCAUCGACUUACUAAAUUUACAAUGUGAGUGCCAAAAGGGUUAUUUUUAAUCAUAAAAAAUCGUUAAUUCCAAAUUUCAAUUCUAACGACUGAAAUGCAAAUGUUGAAUUCUAUCGGCAAAAUAAAAACAAAACAAACACCCAAUUACCACUGCGUUUGGGGGGAUGUUAAAUGAUACUCGAGUAUAAUUGACAUAACUUACACUUUACUAAAGCUUUAGAGUGCAUGGCUUUAAUAUCAAUGUUAUAUACCUUGGUGUGUCGUGCUAUUGUGUUAAUCUACUCAGUUCCUAAAGAUGGUUUGAAAAAAAAGGUCGAACAUUUCAAAUUUAAUCAUGAAUCUAUGAAUUUUCUUCAUCACUUUGUAUAUCCAUGGUAUCAUGUAUAUUGUCAUGUACAUAGUCUUAUAUUAUUACGCACAAUAUUGCAGUAAAGAGUGUAACUACACUUCAUACCGUUGCACUUUAUAAAGAGUAGUAGCUAGGAUUAUUGAAAGUCAUUUUGAAAUUGACUUGUUCGAUUUGGAAAAGGGGUUUCUCCAUCUACCCCUUAAAUUGGAUUUUUAAUCUUUAUUGGAUGUGUUAAGUAGUAGCCAUAGAUAUGCAAAAUAUACAUAAAUCAUAACGAAAAUCAUUUUGAUUUUGUGCCUGGAAGUGAAUCAUGAAAUUGUACCUUUUUUUGAAAUGUGAAUCUCUUCUAUUAUGGGAUCUGUGUACUGUAAAUAAUGAAUUGAGUGAAAUGUUUCCAUAAAGUUCAUGAUGAUAUUUCUUGAAAUAUACCUGUAUACGUGAAUGGCACAUAAUCAAACCCACAUUUAAAGGUCAAGUCCACUUCAGAAAUACAAUGAUUUGAAUAAAUGGAGAAAAUCAAACUAGCAAAACGCUAGAAAUUUCAUCAAAAUCAGAUGUAAAAUAAGAAAGUUACGACAUUCUAAGUUUCGCUUAUUUUUCACAAAACAGUUAUAUUCACAUCUCAGUGACAUGCAAAUGAGUCAGUCGAUGAUGAUCAUCACUCACUAUUUCUUUUGUUUUUAUUGUUUGAAUUAUACAAUAUUUCAUUUUUUAGACAGAUUUGACAAUAAGGACCAACUCGACUGAACCAUAUUGUAUCAAAAUAAUGCUAAUUCCACGCUUGACAACGAGGAGAAAAUUAGAAUAUUUCAUAAAAUACAAAAGAAAUAGUGAGUGAAAGACGUCAUCAGUCUCCUCAUUGUAUACCGACCAGGAUGUGCAUAUAACUGUUUUGUGACAUUAAGCGAAACUUUAAAAUGUCAACUUAUUUUAUAUCCGAUUUUGAUGAAAUUUUCAGUGUUAUGUUUGUUGGAUUUUUCUUUUUGUCAAAUCAACUUAUGGGUAGGGUGGACUUGUCCUUUAAGGGGAAAUUUGUACAUUUAGGACGUAUCACGCAUCGAAGGAGGUUUAAGAAAAGAAAUAGUGAUAGGGAUAUUACUAAAAGAAAGCAGAACAGAAAGAAUUAACAGAUAAACUAAUGGAACUUCUGAAAACUAAAUAAAACCCCAAAAGAUAACAAAUAACUUUAAAAUCCAUGACCAGUUCAUUUGUUGUGAUAUUUAUCAAAAGUAUUGGGGCGAUUUUUUUUCACGUCAAUACUUGUACACCCGACACGAGAUUGCAGUGGGAAUGAUGAACAAACGGGCUGUUUCGGAGGCUUUGAAUAAGAUCACAAAUCUCGGACUCGAGUCUUGCCUCAAUUUUUAAUUGAAAAAAAAAAACCUUUGAAAAAUCGUUAUAGGCGAAACUCAAUCCAAGGUCCAUGAACUCUACUGCACGAUUAGCCUACUGAUAGAACCACACCAAUCCACCUCAUUAAUUGGUCGGAAAUUACAAUAUAUCCUACCGUGUUUUUUUUGGGUCCAUGACUAUUCAUGAGGCGUAGCAAGACUAAAUAAAUCCUAUUAUAUCGUCAUUCACACUGCCCUCUCGCGUUGGGUGCGCAAGUAAUGAUCACUGAUCUGAAUACUAUUUUCAGAUCAGUCAGUGGUAAUGAGAAAAAAAAAAUCGCUGUCGGUCUCACGGGCCUAAUAACAUUGGGAAGGCAACCCAUUUUCAAUUUUUUUAUAUUUUGAUAUGGCUGAUUGACAAAGUGUAUGAAUAUGAUUUUCCAUCUAACACUGAUUCUAUUUUUGGUAAUAACUGACUGAGCUUCCUUUUCCAAAAUUGGGAAAAAAUAUCAGCAACUUUGGAACUAUAUUUUGACUGGCGGAAGGAUAAGGGCUAUUUUACCGUUUCAGGAGAUUCAUUUAUAAAUGCCGAUUUAUCAAAAAAAAAAUGAGCCGGUCGAGGGACCCUUUUCUGGUCAGAUAUGGAUUGUCAGAUCCUAUCCACCGGUAGUAAACAUUCGACCCCCGAAUUUCAUCCUUAUUUUUCAUGGAUUUUUUAAAAGUGCAAUUUUAACACACGAGUCUAUGGGAAAUGUUUUAGGCCUGUGAUACCUGUCGGGUGCAGAUGUGUAGGGUGGACCCACUGGUCUGAACUAUAUACGAUAGUGUACAGAUCAGUGGAUGGACCCCGUGCAGAGUGACUGCCCUAUACCUCUCCGACUAUUGUGCCAGUAUGUAGAGAAUAUUUUUUAAUAACAUUCUUUUAUACACGAUGGUCUGUAAAAUGAUUGAAAAGACAGAUAAGACAUAAAUAUUUGUAUUGUGUUAUGUAUUGACAAGACUCUGACCUGCUGACAGUCAUGAGUUUAUCUGUAUGUAAAACAAUUAUGAGUAACCAUGGCUUGGGGGAAGAAUUAAAUGAAAUACAACGAUUGUAACCAUUAAUCGUGGGCUUCUGUACAUUAAAGAGUUACUCUAGGCUGAAAAUAAUAUGAUCUGAACAGAUAAAGUGAAAUCUGACAAAAUAACUUCUGAUUUUGUUCUGAAGGUUUCCAUAGAGAAAGAAGUAUAGUGUAGUACUACACUAUGAAAAAAUAACAUAAAACAAUACAUCACAAUCGGACAAGGAAUAACAAGGUAAAGUUAUGAUAUUUUAAAGCUUAGCAUCAUUUUUCGGGGGAACAUUACCAUGGAUUCCUUUAUGUAUAUGCAAUGAUCAUGCUGAUGAUGGCAUUUCCCCUCUUAUUCUUUUGUAUUUCAUUAUUAUGAAAUCAUAUUUAGUGAAAUUUGUCCUCCAAAUGACUUCUAGGUAAGAUAAUCAUUGCUUCAAAUUAUUUUGUUACAAGGGAGACACAUUUACGGAAAUAUGAAAUAAUCUUGAUUUUAUAUAAUAACACAAGGAAAAAAAGAGAGUCGGGACUUGACAUGAUAAACCAACCUAUAAAGCAUAUUUAUGACAGCGUGAUAGCAUAAUAAUUGUGUCCACAAAAUAUGGCUUGACUUUUAGUAACUUCGUUAUUUGUAAUCCGAUUUUGAUGACAUUUUCAGCGUUUUACUCGGUGAAUAUUACUCUUUAUUAUAUACCCCGAGUACAUCUUUAAAAGCAAUAUUAAUUGAAUUUUUCCAUUAUUUAAAUGAUUGAAGGUCACUAUUGGAAAUGUUGGUUUGGAUCAGAAUAUGAUCGAAUCACUUAACUAUUUUACAAAGUGCUUUCAAGUAUUUAGAAAAUCUGAUAUCCAUUCAUUUCAGUAGUAUCAACCGAUUAAAGUAACAUUAGAUUACAAAGAAAUUGA